AAACCUGCACGAAAGCUGCUGGUCAAGAGAAUUGCAAGAAAAACCGUUCUGCAGCAACAACAAAAAAAACCAUAUAACUUAAUCAAUUAAAGCAAACGCUAAAAAAAACCAAAUGCAACGCAGCCAAUUAAAUAAAAAACUGUUUAUCGUGAAUUAACUUGUGUGUCAGUGUUGGAGUGAGUGUGUGUGUACCUAGUCUUAAAAAUCCCCUACCCUUAAUGAAGUGCAUUUAAAACGAAUCUAGUAGCAAAAACAGAGUAACUAUUAGCCUAAUAUAUAGCCAAACAUCAAUGUCUAUUGCCAAGCCUGUAUUUAAUCGAACUCUUAAACCAAAGCAGAAGGUGCAGAAACAGCAGCAAAACCAAAGCCAAAAUCGAUAAACCAAAAAUUCGAAAAUUAAAUCCCAACAUCUCCUUCAGUGGUCCAACACCUGUGACAACAACAACAACUAUGAGAUACCCUAACUGCAAUUGGCCAAAGAGUUAUUAAACGUAAUUGAAAAAGCAAACACUGCCAAAGAACGAGCAAAACAUUCAACUCGGUUCCAAUCAAGUUAAACCACCGUUUCAAAUCUGAAGCUAAAUACUCUAAGGACGGCAUUUAAAGGGCCUACAAGCAGCUACUAACUGGGUCAAUAGGCAGCAGCAGCAGCUACUGUUGCCAACUUUUUCGCCCUCAAAACAUUAGCCAGGGCUUCCUGGCAAAUACGGCCCUGGAACAUGAACUCCUCGAGUGGUGACGAUGAGGCGCCCAAGGAUCCGCGCACCGGCGGCGAGGACUUUACCCAACAAUUUACAGAAAACGAUUUCGAGGGACACCGCGCACACACCGUUUAUGUGGGCGUGCACGUGCCGGGAGGACGACGGCAUUCGCAGCGGCGCCGCAAGCAUCACCACAGCGGCGGCACAGGUGCUGCAGCAGGCGCAGCAGCUGCUGCUGGCGGCGCCGCUGGCGCUGCCAGAGACAGCAUCAGCGACAAGCAACAGGAAGUGGAGCGUCCAGUGACGCCGCCCGCACAACGUGUACAGUUUAUAUUGGGCGAGGAUGUGGAUGAUGGUUCGCAUGUGUCGCAUCCUCUGUUCUCGGAGAUGGGCAUGCUGGUGAAGGAGGGCGAUGAGAUUGAAUGGAAGGAGACGGCACGCUGGAUUAAGUUCGAGGAGGAUGUGGAGGAGGGCGGCAAUCGCUGGUCCAAGCCGCAUGUGGCCACGCUCUCGCUGCACUCGCUGUUCGAGCUGCGUGGCCUGCUCCUCAAUGGCAGCGUCAUGCUGGACAUGGAGGCCAAUAAUCUGGAGCUGGUUGCCGAUCUCGUCUGCGAUCAAAUGGUCAGCGGCGGCACGCUGCCCGCCAGCGUCAAGGACAAGGUAAAGGAUGCGCUAUUGCGCCGACAUCGCCAUCAGCACGAGUAUGCAAAGAAGUCGCGAUUGCCCAUCAUACGUUCCCUGGCGGACAUGCGCAAUCAGUCGUCAUCAAAAAUGGAAGAGCAGUCUGGCAACGCUUUAAUGGCUACCACGCCCCUAUCGCUGACCGCCAGCGAGCCCGGACCCCCUGGCAAUACCAAUGGCAGUACCAAUCCACUGGGAAUGGGAAUGGGGCGUUUUCUAACGGUGCCCGGCAAGCCCAGCAACAGAACGCUUGAGGACAUGAUUAAGAGUCCCAGCAGCCAUUCGAUGGCCAGGCAGACCAGCGGCACGGAGCUGGCCGAGCAACAACACAAGGGCAAUACGCAUUUUAUGCGCAAAAUACCACCGGGAGCGGAGGCAAGCAACAUUCUAGUGGGCGAGGUGGACUUCCUAGAGCGCACACUCUCCUGUUUCAUACGUCUCAGCCAGGCGGCAGUCAUGGGCGAUCUGACCGAGGUGCCAGUGCCAACCAGAUUCAUUUUCAUACUACUGGGUCCGCCGGGCAGCCAGAGCAAUUUCCAUGAGAUUGGACGUGCCAUGGCCACGCUGAUGUCGGACGAGAUCUUCCAUGAAGUUGCGUAUAGGGCACGCAAACGCGAUCAUUUGCUCGCUGGCGUGGAUGAGUUUCUGGAUGCGGUUACAGUAUUACCACCCGGGGAAUGGGAUCCAACCAUACGGAUUGAGCCGCCGGCGGCUAUACCAUCGCAGGAGGUGCGUAAGCGACCGCCCGAGCUGCCCAAGGAGGAGAUCGACGAGGAGGAGGAGGAGCAACGCUUGCGCGAAGAGUCGGGACUCUCGCGUACGGGUCGCCUAUUUGGCGGUCUGAUCAAUGAUAUUAAACGCAAGGCGCCCUGGUACUGGAGCGAUUACCGUGAUGCGCUGUCCAUGCAGUGCGUAGCUUCGUGGAUUUUCCUGUAUUUCGCCUGCCUGUCGCCCAUCAUUACGUUUGGUGGCCUGCUGUCGGAGGCCACGGGCAAGAAUAUGGCGGCAAUGGAAUCGCUGGUCUCCGGAUUUGUUUGCGGCAUGGGUUAUGGCUUCUUUUCCGGUCAGCCGUUAACAAUUUUGGGUUCCACCGGUCCAGUGCUGGUUUUCGAGUCAAUUGUCUAUGAGUUCUCGAUGGCUCAGGGUUGGGACUAUAUGACAUUCCGGUUCUGGAUCGGCAUGUGGGUCGCUGUCAUUUGUGUCGUCCUGACCGCGAUCGAUGCCAGCGCGCUCGUCUGCUACAUAACACGCUUCACCGAAGAGAACUUUGCCACCCUUAUCGCGGUUAUCUUUGUCUACAAGGCCAUCGAGAAUGUGUUUGUCAUUGGAAAGACAUUCCCGGUCAAUCAGGGCAUCUACGAUUGCAUCUGUACUCCGCCGCUGCACAGUAAUGCCAGCGUCCUCGACUUUGCCAAGUACAAAUGGGACUCCUGUGAGUCCUACAAUGGUACACUGAGUGGCACCGAUUGCGGCAGGCCACCCACCGAGAACGUCUUCCUUAUGUCCGUGGUUCUGUGCUCCGGUACAUUCAUCUUCUCCACCGUUCUCAAGGAAUUCAAGAACGCGCUGUUCUUUCCAUCGAUUGUGCGACAAUACAUUAGCGAUUUCUCCGUUCUGAUUGCCAUCUUUGCCAUGACCUUCUUCGACUACUCACUCGGCGUGCCCACACAGAAACUGGAGGUGCCCCACGAGCUGAAGCCCACGUUGAGCACACGCGGCUGGCUCAUACCGCCGUUUAGCGAGAAGAAUCCUUGGUGGUCGGCGAUCAUCGCGGUAUUCCCAGCACUGCUGGGCACCAUACUUAUCUUUAUGGAUCAACAAAUUACGGCCGUGAUUGUCAAUCGCAAGGAGAACAAGUUAAAGAAGGGCUGCGGCUAUCACUUGGAUCUGUUUGUGCUCUCCGGCCUGAUUGCAAUCUGCAGUGUAAUGGGUUUGCCCUGGUUCGUGGCGGCCACUGUGCUGAGCAUCAAUCAUGUCAACUCGCUGAAACUGGAAUCGGAGUGCAGUGCCCCUGGCGAGAAGCCGCAGUUCUUGGGAGUGCGCGAGCAGCGCGUGACUCACAUCAUGAUCUUCCUGACCAUCGGCGGUUCGGUGCUGUUGACACCGCUGCUCGGACACAUACCAAUGCCGGUGCUCUUUGGCGUCUUCUUGUACAUGGGCGUGGCCUCGCUCAAGGGUCUGCAGUUCUUCGAUCGUAUUCUAAUCAUGUUCAUGCCGGCCAAAUAUCAGCCGGACUACAUGUUCCUGCGUCAGGUACCCAUCAAGCGUGUGCAUCUGUUUACCAUUAUACAGUUGGCCUGUCUGAUUAUCUUGUGGCUGAUUAAGAGCUUCUCCCAGACCUCGAUACUCUUCCCACUGAUGUUGGUGGUAAUGAUUGGCAUACGCAAGUCCUUGGACUUUGUGUUCACGCGACGUGAGUUGAAAAUACUUGAUGAUAUUAUGCCAGAGAUGACGAAACGUGCGGCCGCCGAUGAUCUGCAUCAACUGGACGCUGAGGACAAUCAUCAUCAGCAUCAACAGCCGCCCGGCACGGGAAGUGCUGCCUACAAUGCCAAGAAUGCAAACGCGACAGCGGGUGCCACAACCAUACACAUACCGUUAUCUGGCAACAAAAUGGGCAGCACUGCUGCGGGACCUGUGCCCCCAGUGGAAGUAAAUCGUGCGACUGUCUGGAAACAGAUUAACAAGGACGGCACCUCCGAGCAGCUGAUCAUACCCGUGACCGUUAAAGUGCGUCAAAUCAAUGGCAAUCAUUCCUCGACAAACGCCGCCCUUUCGCCACGCCUAUCGCCCAUGCACGAGGCCGAUGAAUAUAACGAAACCCCAAACAAGACGCCAGCCCAAAUGCUCCCAGCGAAUCAACAGCAGCAACUGAGCAACUGCAAGGAGGCGGCUGCCAAGCUAGAAUGUGGGCCCAUUGUCGCCGCCCAAGUCCCGGCCAACGUAACGCCCGUCUAAGCGGUGCUCCAUGGGCACCACCGUAAUACCAAAAUACCAAACUACCUAAGCUAAACGGUGUUAGAGAGAACACAAAAUGCGUAGAACAAAUGCACAACGUUUUUUAGAUCGUAUCAGAAAUGGGACUACAAGAUUAACGUACAUAAGUCUAUCCAAAGUGUGAAUGUCGAAUAUAUACAUACCAGUAUCAUAACUAAUUAUAUAUAUAUAUAUACACAACAUUAAUCGUAGUGGUUUUUAUGACAAAGUUUGGUAAACAUUUUUAAGUGUGUCCGUAGUAUUUACCACUCAACUAAAUAGUUGACGGUAAACUAAAAGAAAAUGAAAAAAAAAAAUGAAAAAAAAGCAGCAAUUUCACAGCAUUCGUUUGUCGUAGAUUUUGGGCUCAGGUACAAGUUUUAGAAGUAUUAAUUUAAAAUAUUGUAUGGCUCAAAAGCUAUAACGUAGUAUAUGCAUUCCAAAGAAACUAUAUAUAUACACUUUUUUAAAAGAAUUUUACAACAACACACGAACCAGUGUCAAUUCAACAUGAACUCUCCCCAGAUCAACAAGCUAUAACGGUCUACUAAAUAUGAUCCUCUUAUGUGUUUGCUUUUCAUUUGGCGAUUUUAAUUAAUAUGGGUUGGAUAAGCUGUGAUCUUAUUGUAGGGUGCGGGGUAUGGGGGAAGGAUUUAGUGAAAAGCCGUCUUAAAAACAAUUAGCCAGAACAUUCAUAAUAAUAUACUUAAAAUAAACUUAAAACAACUGUAAACAAAUGUAUUAUAAUUUAUGCAGUAUACUAAGUUA